CCUCCCCUUCACUGACUGACAAACGGGGUGUUACUUAUUGUUUUUAUUAAAUCAUUAUUUUUCUUUUAGGAUAAACUAUAAUUUGGCCCUUACAAAUUCAUCAACGUUUCAUUUCUGCUCCUAUAGUUCAAUGUUUUGUGAUGUUACCCCUGUAUGUCUUGAGAAGUUAUGAUUUUAAGGUACUUAAGAACAUCAAAUUGGGCCGAUCCAGCUAAAAAGUAACAGAGUAUCUGUUCUGUCCCUUCCAUUGAUGUAAGAUCCAACACGGGCGGUGGGGAGGGUGAAGAUAGUUUUGAUUUUAACAUGACUACAAAGUUUUUUGAAAAACAUAAUUAAUGGAUUAAAGAUGGCCUAGGUCAGAUUUAAUUAUUAACAGUGAUGAAAUUAAAAUUAUAAUUUUAAAAAUUACAUAACACAAAAAUUUAUAUUGUUAAAUAAAAUAUAAUAUAUAAUAUAUAAUUUAUAUUAUUCUUGAUCGUGCUAUCCGGAUAAACCCGCCUGACAGAUCAGGUUUUACGGCUAUGGUCCCUUCACUCUUUCAUUCUUUUUCUUAGUUAUUUAUCCGUCGUAUUUUCUGGUGUCAAACACCUUAGCGGCAUCAACACAUCAACAAAACCAAAUCAGGAGAUCCCAUGCCUCCUCGAAACAGAGAUUGCUCUCCUCCUCAUCCUACGGUGGUUCGUGUUUACACUGUCUGUGACGAAUCAAGAUAUUUGAUAGUGAGGAACGUUCCUGCUUUGGGAUGCGGUGAUGAUUUGUUCAAACUCUUUGCCUCUUAUGGAGACGUUGAAGAGUGUAAACCAAUGGAUGCAGAAGAUUGUGAGCAAUUUACUGAUGUUUACUGGAUCAAAUUCCGUCUGGUCAGCAAUGCCAGGUUUGCUAAAAGGAAAUUGGACGAAUCCAUUUUCCUAGGGAACCCCUUGCAGGUCUCCUAUGCUCCUCACUUUGAGACCGUCUCUGACACCAAGGAUAAGUUAGAAGGCAGAAGGAAGGAAGUUUUUGCACGUUUGAACCCUCGAAGAACCAAGGGUCCCAAAGUUCACAACGCUGGCACUUCGAGCCAGGCUUCAUUGCUUACAUCACAGAUUGACCACGUUUGUCAGCACCUCAACUCUAAUCAAUCUUGGGACUCUGGAGAAUCACAAAAUGUUCAUCAGAUAGGUGAUCCCCCUAUUACAAGGGUGUCCUCUGACCAGGAUUACUUUCCAUCCCAGUCAAUGAAUCAGACUGUUAGAUUGGUCAGGGAGAAGCUCAAUAAGAUCCAAUCAAGUAGUGAGCAUCUUCAAGCCGGGCCUGUAUCCAAGAAAGCACGAGUUGACAAUAGAAGAAGAAUUUGAUAGAACUCUUAUAAGGAUCUCCUUGACAUGCAGGGACGAUAUGGAACUUGAAGCACUUGUGCAUUGUCCAUAAAAUCAAGUGGAGAGGUUAACUUCUUUGAAAGGUAUCUUGACAAGGACCAGCGGAAAGAGCAGACAGUGAGUAACCAAAUCUAAAGGACGGGAGCCUGUGGGUGAUUUAACCCAGCCCAGUCAUCCUUUGAAUGAUAGUAGGGAUCCUGUCUUUCAAAAUCAGGUAGGUUGAGUUACAAGAUUUUGAACUUAAUGCCCUUUCAUAAUGCAUAAUUGAAGUGCUUCACAUGUAUAAAUAAGUACCUUAUGCCUUAUUUUGUCUCUGACAGUACAUGAUUUCAAGUGUGUUCUUCAAGUGUAGCUUUGACAAAGGAAACAUAAGAGCUUGCAUACGUUUUUUUCUCUCA